AUGACAAUAAACGGUGGUUUUGUAUUAAAUGGAAAUCAAUCAUUUCAAAAUUUAUUUGGAACAUCAUUAGAAAUGUGUUCUAAUUCACCAUUAACAGGCUAUUUUCGUAAUGGUUAUUGUGCUACAUGUCCUGAUGAUUAUGGUUUACAUACUGUAUGUGCACAAAUGACACAAGAAUUUCUUGAUUAUGCAAGUUCACAAGGAAAUGAUUUAUCUACUCCAUAUCCACCUGUUUUUCCAGGUCUUAAAGAAGGUGAUAAAUGGUGUUUAUGUGCAUCUCGAUGGUUUGAAGCAUUUCAAAUUGGUAAAGCACCAAAUAUAUUUGCACGAGCAACAAAUUCAGCAACUUUACAACAAGAACAAAUCAAUAGUUUACUUUCAAAAGCAAUUGAUAUGAUGUAA